AUGGAGGAUGGAAUAAAUACCAAGAUUUUCCUCUUUGGAUGGACCUGUAUCAGCCUGUAUUUCAUUUCUUCCACUGCUGCUUUCUCGCAUGGUGCCAGCCUUAGUGCCUGCUCUGACAUGAGACCAAAGCAUAUCCGAGCGCAUCCUCAGAACCCCAAGAAGACCUACAUCACCAUAUACACUAACAGGUCAUUCUAUGUACCUGGAGACAGAGUACCAGUCACUGUAAGGAGCUCAAAGGAUUUCAUGGGCUUUCUUCUUCAAGCUCGCAGAGUAUCUAAUGACCAAGUUGCUGGAUCCUUUGUUUUUAUUCCACCUGGCACAAAGUUACUUCGUUGCUUUGAAGAUGGAGACACCGUGACCCACUCUGACAAGUCCCUGAAGCGAAAUCUGUCUUUUGUGUGGAAGUCACCAGAUCAGCCAGUUGGAGACAUUAAAUUUUUCUUAUCAGUUGUUCAAUCAUAUUUUGUUUAUUGGGCACGGCUUGAAUCAACCAUAGUGUCAGGACAAACCCAAAACAGUACAUUGGUUUCUACAUCAGCAAAUGUGUACACACCUACAUACUCUACAGCUCUGCCAGAGAACCCCAAGCCAAAGAAGACUCAUUUGGUCACAUCACCAACAUACGGAAUCAUAACUGCUAGACCUGUGGCCAAUACAAUAAACUCAUCCUUUGCCAGUCCUGUUGGCACAGACCCUACAAGAAUGUCUGUUGUACAUGGAGUGGUCACCAAGACUACUGACACAAUUCCUACAGAACCAGUGACAUUGUCUUUCAGUAACGGAACAUCUGGACUUGGAACAACUAAACCAUCACUUCAGUCUCACACAGGAUUUACAUCAUCCCCACCUGGACCAACAUUCCCUCCUGAUUCACAGAUUCUAAACACAAACGCAGUUCAAACCACUGAAGAAAUAUUCCAUUAUCCAGAAAGAUCCAACCUAAAGGAGGCACAAAGCAGGAAGUUCUUGCAUUCUACAUCUGUGGAUAAAGGGCAGAUGGUAACCAAAAAAAUUCUGCCUAUUUUUUUAUACCGGCCAGAAGAUGCAACUUUUGUUAAGAAUACUGUUAUUGCAAAUGGAGUGACUUCUUCAUGGGUAACCAAGUCAAUUAAUGAAUUUGUUGUCCCAGGCAAAGGAGGAGAAAACCAAAAUAGGGGCAUGCAUCUUGCCAUGACUCAGCUGGGCAUCUUGUUGGGGUGUUCAGCAGUUUUAGGGAUGGUCCUUGCUGCAGGGCUGCGCUGCAUUCAUGCUCAGUAUUGUCAUAAAAGGACAGAGGUGUCCUUUAGUGAACCAGACAACAAUGUUAUGACUAUGAGAGAUAACAGAGAAAUGAUGCAUUUCAAAAAGGUUCGUGAAAACAGUUUUGUGCUAGUUCAAGCUGAAUAUAACUGGAUAGCUCCAUCAAACAAUGGAACAGCACAGUAG